CAUCAUUUCUACAACUAUAUAUAAGCUGCUUUCUCUCAAUCCUUUGUCACCUUCAUUUUAUUGUCUUCUUUUUUCUUGUGUCUUGAUUUUAGUUGUAAUAGUUCCUCUUCCUCUAGUUUUUGCUUUCUACACUGUGACCUCAGAUGACCUUUAUUUUCCCUACAAGGGUAAAAGUCACUGGGUGGAGAGAAGACUGCAGUGAAGCACAUGAAUGGAGAGCCUGGGGAUAGCCUCCACUAGUUAGGGAUUAAGUUGCUGCUAUGUGGAGAAAGGCAGAGAUAUCACAGAGUUGCACAAAUACUCAUCAAUUAACGGUGCUGCUUUCGGAAGGCAACAAACUUCAUUGAAUAUUUCUAAGCUCUUGGAAACAAAAAGCUGAAUGCAUGUGCACAUGAAAGGUGUUAGCAUGACUGGACAGUUUACUGGCAUGGAUCGUUACCUGAACAAACCAACCAGAUAUGUGCCCAGGAACCUAAGGGAGCGUAUCUUGCAUCAUGAAUUUUAUUAUAUAAUAUAAUAUGUGUGCAAAGGAGUGUCAGGUAGAUCUGCAGGAAAUGGUGGCUUUAGACAGGAAUCAAGAGCUUCUCUUCAUCUUGAGUAUUAACUACAUUUUCAGUUUUUAUAGCACUACAUUUGAGUUCUGCAUAAAUAGGUGAAAAACAACCGCAAAGAGAUAUAAAGUGACCAAGGAGAAACUAAAAAUGAUUGCAAAGUGUGUGUUCACGUGUGUCAGUGGAUGAAUGAUGUGUCAGAAGGCUCUAAAUGCUCACUUUGCAAUUUUUUUCCACUCUUUGAUCUGUAUGAUGUCAAAGACAGCAGAUAUCUUUAAGCGCUUGGUGACUCACUGGGUGUUUUGGCGUGGUUGCUGGCCUGCUCCCUUGGGGAUUGUGGUCCAGGGUAGAUUGGGCCUCUUCGUCGAGCAGUGGGACACCCAGGGCUCAAAGUAUAGAAACUUGUUCCCACCACUUAAAAUAAAUAAAUAAAUAAACCUUCUAGGCAGAGCUAAAUAAAUUUUUUGAGUUGUUAUCUCAAAAUUGUGAGAUACUAAGCCAAAUCUUUUUCUUAUGGAUGGCAAAAAAAACCCAACCCAAAAACAUUUUCAUUGGAGGAAACAACCUUCCAUACAAGAUCACCACUUCAUUAAAAACCAAACAAGCAACAGCCAAUCAAAAAAAAGUUGGCUUAAAUAGAUGGUAGAGCUAACAUGGCUACUUUCAGACAGAGCAUGAACUUAGGGUUUGCACUUGGGCCCAGUCUAUAUAAAAACUGCAAGACUUCAAUCGGACCACUAAAAGGCAGAAGUGCUUUGCCUUGUAGUUUAGUCUUCACUGUAGCCUGGUACAAAGUAACUGUCAUGCAAGGGCACUGCUUCAGUGACCAAGUAGCCGCUUACUCAAAGAGCAGCAUGACUGUGUUAUCAGUGCUCGGUUCCAUCUGUCUGUUUGCCCAUCAGUCUCUUUGUUAGCAGUCCAGCCUCCACAGUUUUCAAGAUAUCAUUUUCAAACUCUGUGUGAUGCUAGAUACUAAUAAGAGCUCAAGUGGAUUUAAUUUUGGUGAAACUUGGGUCAAAGUCAAGAUCAUACCAAGUGGCGAAAUUAAUAAAAACUUAGAGAGAGCUGUAUAACGCACUUAAAAAAAGAGCUUAUAGAAGCCAAUUCUGCUCCAAUCAUACUGUAAAGCUGCAAAAAACACAAUUUUUGUAUGUAAUGCUUCAAGGUCAAAUGACAGGGAAAAAGCUUUAGCUUUCACUGUUUUCCCCAAACUUUAAAGCAAUACGUUAAUCAUUGUACAUCAGUACAAAUGAGCCAUGAAAACAAUCCAGAUGUCAUUAUUGAGGAUUUGCUGACAUCAGCAUAAAACAUCAAAGUUUGAAUAUAACCCUUCGGGGGAAGUUGUGCUCUCCGAGUGCUCAUUUUACUGGGAUAAAUAAGAGCAUUUUUCCUAUGCAGGUCUUGUCAGGUUGCAUUCUCCUAUGACUCUUACUCACUACACUGCAGCGACACUGUAGAGUAAGUUGACCUGCGUCUUGAACUCUGAGUGCAGCUGAAGCUUACUUUGUAGCACGUCCAGGGAUCAGAAGUAGAGAGUACAAACCAGUAUUUCUACUUCACCAAUGUGAACUUCUAACAUAGUGUUCCACCAAAGGCCCCUCGUCCACCAAGAUGAAAGCUGCUGUUAAUGGUGGCAUCUUUACAAAGAAUUGUCUUUGGUCAGUCACUGUGAUGUCUCAUGUUCUCCAACAAAGUCCUUAAAAUUCCAGAUUCCUGCCUUUAGAGUCGGAGAGUUGGGUUUUAAAGAAUGCGGUGACUCUGGUUAAUGAAGCCAAGCCACGGCUUCACUAAUUAGUCAAGUCUUUGUCAGGUAUUGGAAGCUUUGACUAACAGUGGAUUCCAGCCAUUAGGCUGGAAUCCACUGUUAGGCAAAGCUGCCAAAUACCUGAUGGCUACCAAUCAUGCUCUGUCUUCAUGGGAAAAAUACCCACAAUUUAUUUUGCUGACUCGCAUUCCCUCAAUUAAGAGGGACAGUUGAGGGGCAGAUCACUACAGAGCUGAUUUUAGGUUAAAUAAAGGGCAUACCAUGAUCAAAUAUUUGCAAUUCUUCAAGUUUUUUUUUUUAAAAAUCCAAAUGCAUUAAUAAUGUCAUGGUUAAUGUUAGUAAUGGAAGCAUAUGUGAACACUACAUAGGUAAUGUGUAGGUGUAAGGAUGAGGAAGAAGAAUCUGUUUCAUAACAUCACUACUCAGACAUUUCUCAACAACAGUUGUCUCAAGGUGCUUACAUUGUAACCCUACAAUAUUAUAUCUAAACACUCUUCAACACCUCAUUCAAAGUCUGUACAAAAACAUAUAAUGUUGUUUCUUGAAGGCUGAGAUGCUGUUAUGCAUCACAUGUUGGAGCAACGCUUCCACGUCUCACAGAGCGAUACCAAUUAAAAAAUGCUGACGCAGUAGUGUGACACUCAAAGCAAAAAUGUCUUUUGAUCAUCACAACAAAAGGCCAAAGCACUUGUAUAAUAGAAUGGAUGUCUUAGUGAGUGUGUCUGUGUGACCUUCAAAAAAACAAGGUGUUUGCAGUAGUCAGCCCCUUACGCAAAUAUUAUAACCUCAAGAUCGAUAUGAUAUGAUCAAAUCAUAGUACUGUGCAAGCUGAGAUAUUUUUCUAGGAAAAGGUGCAGUGAUUCUUUUGAAACAUGCACAAACAUACACAGAAAUGCGGUAUAUAAUAUUUGGUAUGAACACCUUUAUUUUUAACACAGCCUUCAGUUUCUUUGGCAAGCUUUCAUGAAAUCUCCAUAAGUAGUGCUCAGGAAUAGUUCUCCAGGCUUCUUGAAGGACAAUCAAAGCUCUUCUUUGGAUGUUGGCUGUCUUUUGCUCUGUUCUCUGUCAAGUUAAUCCCACAGUGCUUUAAUAAUGUUGAGGUCCAGGCUCUGGUGAGGCCAAUCCAUGACUGUUUCAACCAUGUUUUAUACUUUCUAUGCUUAUUAGCGUACCCCACUUUAUUGAUGCAGAAGGUAUUUUGCUUAUUCACUCUGUGCUUAAAAACAGAAUAAUAAAGUAACAGAACUCGAGCACAAUCUUUUUUAUUGGCCUGUACUGCACAGACACCAACUCUGCCAUGUCCAUUCAGUACAGAUAACAAUAGUGAGCUGCCUUUGUGGAGACACCUGCCAAUGAAAAAGCUUUCACCCCACCAUGACAAUCAUAAUGUACUGUCCUAAAACAGGUAUAUAAAAAAGCUAAACACACAAAAAGUCCUAAACUAAUGACUCAGGAAGUUAGGGUGAAACAGAAAGAAACUUACUGCUAACAUUUGAAAGUUUUUGUGUGGUAUAAAAAGUAACACUGGUGGACUUAAAGGGUUACUGCCAUGCAGUUUUUGUUACUUUUAGACGGAGGAAGGCUAGCUGUUUAUUGUACCAGUUAUGCUAAGCUAAGCUAAAGGGCUGCACUAAAGGGCAAAUAUGAAAGCUACCAAAGUUAACUACUAAUAUAAGAACUAAUAACUCAGAAAAAUACUUUAAUUUCCCAAAAUGCUGAACUAUUCGUGAGCCACAUGCUUUAAACAGCCUGUUGUUUCGCCUCUAGCUUAUUUAUGAUACAUUUUUAAACGGUUUAUCCCUCAAUGUGUUUGACUUUUAUUAGUAGUAACCAAUUAGGAGUCUCCACAGCAGCAUUUUCAGAUGCAUGCCUGCCCCUCUGUGCACUCGUGUGUGGGUGUUUUUUCCCCUCUCUGCCUGGUUUGGGAUUUGCUGGUCGGUGACAUGCCUCCCUCCGCCUGGCUCCUUAUAGCCCCGCGGAGGUAGGAAUCCCGGACGAGUGGUACGGACAUCGCCGACGGAGACCGCAAACACGGAGCGGAGCGUUCCCCUUUAAACACGGUCUUAUGACUACAGACCGCUUCAGACUGAACCAGAGGCUGACAGCCGAGAGCAGAAGAGGGGUUGUUCUACUGACAGGAAGCCGGGGGACAGUGACUGACGGCAGGAGACAGACAGGACACAGGUCCGCUCCAGAGGCUGAAUGGUCGGUGUCCAGUCAGAGAGAACAGCUGGAGUUAAACGGAAACUACCUCACCUGUCUGCAGGAUUUUGUGUUUUCGGCCGCGUGUCGCUCCCUGUGGACACAUCCUCUCGUGCAGCAUUGAGGAGAUGUGUCGGCUGCCGGUGGCCUCACUCAUCAUUUGCUUCUGGUUGGUGGAGAGAAGCUACUGCAACAGCAGCCUUCAGGACAGCAUGAGGGAGCUGCACACCAGGUUCGCCAUCAGCCUCUACCAGACUCUCACAGAGACGGAGAACAACUCCAACUUGAUCGUGUCGCCAGUUAGUGUCUCCUUGUCUCUCGCGCUCCUGCAGCUUGGCGCCAGGGGCAACACACUUGCUCAGCUGGAGGGAACACUGGGCUACAAUGUGAAUGAUGCCCAGGUACAAGACUUCCUGUUGCACUCCCAGGCCAGCAUGAACAACAACAGCCAGGGGAUGUGGCUGCAGCAGACCUGCACAUUAUUCAUCCAGAGCGGUGUCCAGCUCCUGCCUGGGUUCACACAGCUUGCAUCAGAGUGGGCCAACAGCAGCGUGGUCCGAACCAACUUCAGCCAGCCCAAUCAGACCCACAGCCAACUGGAGCGAGCGGGACACCAGCAAGAUGAAUCGUGGCAUCUCCUGGCAGGAAGCGUCAGCGGUGAGCUGUCAGGCUCGGGCGAGGCCCAAGCAGAGGCUCUGUGGUGGGGACACCGGCCGCAGGUGGCCCUGGUCAACACAGUGGCCUUCAAGGGCGUCUGGCAGAAGCAGUUCAUGUUCACCAACACCCAGAAUCUGCCCUUUGUGCUCUCAGAUGGGAAUGUGAUCAAGGUGCCCAUGAUGUAUCAGGCUGCAGAGGUUAGCUUUGGUCAAUUCAGGACAGCGUCAGAACAGCGCUACACCGUGUUGCAGCUGCCAUACCUGGGCCGCUCCCUGAGUCUGCAGGUGGUCCUUCCUAGUGACAGGAAGACUCCGCUGUCCUCCCUCGAGGCCCAGCUCACUGCACGCCAGCUGGCAUCCUGGGACGGCGGCCUGCGGAGAACCAAAAUGGACAUCUUCCUGCCGAGAUUUAAAAUGCAGAACAAAUUCAACCUGAGGUCGGUGCUCCCUGCUCUGGGCGUCAGUGACGCCUUUAACCCAACGGCAGCUGACUUCACUGGAAUAUCAGCGGAGGAGGGUCUUUAUGUGUCUGAUGCCUUCCAUGAAGUAAGAAUAGAAGUCACAGAGGAUGGAACGAAGGCAGCUGCUGCUACCGCUAUGGUGCUACUCAAAAGAUCCCGCGCUCCUGUUUUCAAGGCGGACCGACCCUUCUUAUUUCUGCUUCGACACAUUAAAACAGGAUCCAUCCUCUUCAUGGGCCGAGUAAUGAACCCAGCAGACCAAGCAUCCUGAAACCGUCCAACCUAAACACCACUCACAUUCACCUCUACAGCAGCCCAUUUCACUACUGGUAUUUAUUUGUGGACCAAAUGGAGGCUCCACAGACACGUCAGGAAGAGGGACAUUAUUUUUGUACAUAUUUGUAAAUAAAAUUUUAAUAUGUUUUUACACUUUCGGUGUUUCGAUCCUCUUUCCAUUUGACGCGACGUUACCGAAACGGCCAACGUGCGUAAAUAAAAGCAGGCAGACUCGCAUCUUUACAGAACACUUUAUUUACAUGGCCCUUCACAGUGUAAAAUAGAAGCUUUAUUCAUGGAAAUACUUACAAAAAGGCCAUUUUUUUCCACUGAACAUUCUCUUUAAAUAGUACUCUAGGGUUAUUUACAUCUUUACAGUGUAUUCAAAAUACUCUUUUGGUAGCGGCCUCUUCACAAACAAAGACAAGUAUGGCAGAUUUUGGUCCCUGUCCAAGGAGGGAGGGAGCGGAAGAGGGCUGCCCUCUGAGUCUGAAAUCAACUCCUGACCUCUAGACGUUAUUUGUGUAAAUUUGAGAACAUUAAACAAGCCUGACCUAAAAAAAAAAAAAAAA